AAAUAUCUCUCUAGUAAAGAAAGCAACCAAAAAAAAAACAAAGAGAAAACUUAAUUGCCAUUAAAAAAACAUGACUUUAAAAAAUAAUUGAGGUCCCCCAAUAAAGUUACUCUGUUGGUUAUUAUUAUAUAAACAAGCUCCAGUGUCUAGUAUUCACAUCACAAACAAAUAUCUCGAAAGCAACCAAAAAAAAAAGAGAAGAAAACUUAAUAACCAUGAAUGUGAAAAUUGAGAGUUCAAAAAUCAUCAAGCCAUUGUAUGAAGGAACUCCACCUUCAACUACAACUCAUAUUCCUUUCAAUGUCUUUGAUAAUGUCACAUUUGAUGCACUGAUGGCUUUGAUUUAUGCCUAUAGACCACCUACCCCUCCAACUUCCACUAUCGAAACGGGACUUCGGAAGACUUUAUCGAUUUAUCGAGAGUGGGCCGGACGAAUAGGUGAAGACGAACACGGUAAACGAGGAGUUUUUCUUAAUGAUGAGGGUAUUCGAUUCAUCGAGGCUUCUGUGGACGCCUCGUUGGACGAAGUAUUGCCCUUAAAGCCUUCGCCCUCUAUACUCUCGUUACAUCCUAGUUUAAAGGAUGUAGUGGAGUUGAUCCAAGUACAAGUCACACGGUUCACGUGUGGCUCUGUGGUGGUUGGUUUCACCGGCCACCACAUGAUAGCUGACGGCCACGCGGCGAGUAAUUUUUUCACCGCUUGGGGGCAAGCUUGCCGAGGGGUUGAAAUUACACCCCUCCCGAUGAACGACCGAGCUAUCUUCCACCCCCGAGAGCCGCCUCUGGUUGAGUACAACCACGUGGGGGCGGAAUUUGUGUCCAAAUUAGCAAACAAAGACUUAAUCAACGGCGAAAAUAAAUUGAAAAGCAUCAUAGUCCACAAAGUUCAUUUCACGUUGGAGUUCCUAGGGAAACUCAAGGCGAACGCCUCUUUUAUGAACGGAAAGACGAAAACUUUUAGCACGUUCGAAAGUCUAAUAGCCCAUUUAUGGAGGGUUAUUACGAAAUCACGGGAAUUAAACGCGUUACAAAAUACUCAAAUUCGAAUAUCUGUCGAUGGAAGGAGAAGAGUGAUACCUAGAGUUCCAGAUGAAUUUUUUGGUAACAUAGUGUUAUGGGCAUUUCCAACAUCAAAAGUGAAGGACUUACUAGAUGAGCCACUUCACUAUGCAACAAAGAUUAUUCAUGAUGCAAUUACUAAAGUUGAUGACAAAUAUUUCAAGUCAUUUAUUGAUUUUGCAAAUGAUGAGAAAGUGAUGACUAGACAAGAUUUAAUACCAAGUGCAGACAUGAAGAAGGAUUCACUUUGUCCAAAUUUGGAAGUUGAUAGUUGGUUGAGGUUUCCAUUUUAUGACUUGGAUUUUGGUACUGGUUGCCCAUUUGUGUUUAUGCCUUCUUAUUAUCCAAUAGAAGGGAUGAUGUUUCUUGUGCCAUCAUUUAUUGGAGAUGGAAGCAUUGAUGCUUUUAUUCCAUUAUACGAAGACAACUUGCCAAAUUUCAAGAAAAUUUGUUACUCUCUUGAUUUGAAAGCAAAAUGAGAAGAGCUACUUAUGAGGUGGGUGGGGUGGGGUGGAGUGGGGGUAAAGUUUUUGGUAUAUUUUGUUGUUUUUAGCCUAUCAACACUUUUGGUUAUUAAUUUUUCCUUGGGAUUUUAUUCAUUGUCAUGUUGAUGAUCUAUUUUGGUGAAGAAGUUUAAGUUGGCAUUUUUUGUAAUUUUAUUUAUAUACAUACAUAUAUAUAUAUAUAUAUUAGUGAUUGAAGAAUAUUGCUUGGUUGGUUUUCUACUUCCAAGGUUAUUUCCUCCUUUUUGGUUUGUAUUUCUUAUUAGUGAUUGAAGAAUAUUGCUUGGUUGUUUUUCUACUUCCAAGGUUAU